AUGGAUAAAAAUCAUUCAAUGAUUCGUUUAUUUAAUGAUGAAGACAUACUAACAUUUACUCGACAUCUUACUCAACUGAUAAAUAAAUUAAAUUAUUUCAAACUUCAGAAUGAACAAUGGUCCUAUUAUUAUCAUCUUGGUAUAACAGAAGGUCUUUGGACUGGACGAAUUUCGAUGAAAAUGGCUUUAAAUAAUUCAAUGCAUUAUACUUACGGCAGAUCAAAAAAUUUAAUUGAACAACGUCGAAAAAAAUAUGAAAAACAAUUGGAAUUUAUUCGAAAUGAAGCUGAAAAAUAUAUCAAACAACCACGUAAUAUUACUGCUCAGAUUGAUAUGAAUAAUAUGAUGACCAUCAUUACUUAUCUUAUACAUAAGGAUCAAUAUCAAUUAAGUAUAGAAUUAGAAAGACGUCGAGGUACGCUUAAAUUUGAUGCCAAAGAUCAUCAAUUGGUUCAAGCAUUUUAUCAGUUGAAACCAAGAAAAACUGAGAUUCAUUCAGCUAAAAUGAUAUGGAAAACAAUUCAUGAAGAACAAAAACUACAAUACGAAAUUGCUAUGUUCAAAGAGUGGUUGUCAUUAAAAACAACAUUAACAAAUUGUACUUUACAAGAUCUAGCAUUGAUCAAAAUUAACGAAAUAUUUACACAAUUAGUUUUUAAUAAACAAUUACAACCAACAAAUCAUCUAUCGAUGAAUGAUCAUAAUAAUCAAAUAAACAGUCCAAAUCAAUAUAUACAUGACUUAUCAGCAGACACUUUAUCUAAAGCUGAGAAAUUAGCUCAAAAUUAUACUCAAAAAGUUAUCGAUGAGAAAACAAAAUUAUUGAACGACUUUCAAUGGCUUGAGUAG